AUGGAGGCGGCGGGCCGCAGGUCGGAGCCGCUCCCGGAGUACAGCGGCGGCUACGAGGUGUCCAGGCCGGUGUACAGCGAGCUCGCCUUCCAGCAGCGGCACGAGCGGCGCCUGCAGGAGCGCAGGACGCUGCGGGAGCGCCUGGCGCAGCGCUGCAGCUGCUCAAGAAAAAGAGCCGUUGGGGUGCUGAAGACUCUGUUGCCGGUCUUGGACUGGCUCCCCAAAUACCGAGUCAAGGAAUGGCUGCUCAGUGACAUCAUUUCGGGAGUUAGCACCGGGCUAGUGGGUACGCUGCAAGGCAUGGCGUACGCUUUACUAGCUGCGGUUCCUGUUGGAUAUGGUCUCUACUCUGCUUUUUUCCCUAUCCUGACAUACUUUAUCUUCGGGACAUCAAGACACAUCUCAGUUGGACCUUUCCCAGUGGUCAGUUUAAUGGUGGGAUCUGUUGUUCUGAGCCUGGCCCCGGACGAAAAAUUUCUCAUACCCAGCAGUAAUGGAACUAUAUCAAAUGCUACCAUGAUAGACAACGGGGCUAGAGAUGCAGCAAGAAUAUUGAUUGCGAGCACCCUUACUCUUUUGGUUGGAAUCAUACAGUUGGUGUUUGGGGGUUUGCAGAUUGGAUUCAUAGUGAGGUAUUUGGCUGAUCCUUUGAUUGGCGGAUUCACAACAGCUGCUGCCUUCCAAGUGCUGGUCUCGCAGCUAAAGAUCAUUCUCAAUGUUUCAACCAAGAACUAUAAUGGAGUUCUCUCCAUUAUCUAUACUCUAGUUGAUACUUUUCAAAAUAUUGGUAGCACCAAUCUUGCUGAUUUCAUUGCUGGAUUACUCACCAUUAUCAUCUGUAUGGCAGUUAAGGAAUUAAAUGAUCGAUUUAAACACAAAAUCCCGAUCCCUAUUCCUAUUGAAGUAAUUGUGACAAUAAUUGCUACUGCCAUUUCAUAUGGAGCCAACCUGGAAAAAAAUUACAAUGCUGGCAUUGUGAAAUCCAUCCCAAGGGGGUUCUUGCCUCCUGCACUGCCACCUGUGAACUUGUUUUCGGAGAUGCUGGCUUCAUCAUUCUCCAUCGCCGUGGUGGCUUAUGCUAUUGCAGUGUCUGUAGGAAAAGUAUACGCCAUCAAGUAUGAUUACACCAUCGAUGGGAACCAGGAAUUCGUUGCCUUUGGGAUUAGCAACAUCUUCUCCGGGUUCUUCUCGUGUUUUGUGGCUACCACCGCCCUGUCCCGUACAGCCGUCCAGGAGAGCACGGGAGGAAAGACACAGGUUGCUGGCAUCAUCUCAGCUGGGGUUGUGAUGAUCGCCAUCGUUGCCUUGGGGAAGCUGCUGGAACCCUUGCAGAAGUCGGUCUUGGCAGCUGUUGUCAUUGCCAACCUGAAAGGGAUGUUUAUGCAAGUGUGUGAUGUUCCUCGUCUAUGGAGGCAGAACAAGAUUGAUGCUGUUAUCUGGGUGUUUACAUGCAUAAUGUCCAUCAUUCUGGGGUUGGACCUCGGUUUACUAGCUGGCCUUGUAUUUGGAUUACUGACGGUGGUCCUGAGAAUUCAGUUUCCUUCCUGGAGCGGUCUUGGAAGCAUCCCUAACACUGACAUCUAUAAGAGUACCAAGGACUACAAAAACGUUGAAGAACCGGAAGGAAUGAAGAUUCUUAGGUUUUCUAGUCCUAUUUUUUAUGGCAACGUCGAUGGUUUUAAAAAAUGCAUCAAGUCUACAGUUGGAUUUGAUGCCAUUAGAGUGUAUAAUAAGAGGCUGAAGGCAUUGAGGAAAAUACAGAAACUCAUUAAAAAAGGACAAUUAAGAGCAACAAAGAAUGGCAUUAUAAGUGGUGCUGGUUCAUCAAAUAAUGCUUUUGAGCCUGAUGAAGAUAUUGAAGACCCAGAAGAACUUGAUAUCCCUACCAAGGAAAUAGAGAUUCAAGUGGAUUGGAAUUCUGAGAUUCCAGUGAAAGUGAAUGUUCCCAAAGUGCCAAUCCAUAGCCUUGUGCUUGAUUGUGGAGCUGUGUCUUUCCUGGAUGUCGUUGGAGUGAGAUCAUUGCGAGUGGUUGUCAAAGAAUUCCAAAGAAUUGAUGUAAAUGUGUACUUUGCAUCGCUUCAAGAUCACGUAAUAGAAAAGCUGGAGAAAUGUGGCUUCUUUAAUGAUAACAGAAAGGAUAUAUUCUUUUUGACUGUCCAUGACGCUGUCCUCCAUGUACAGAACCGGGUUAAAUCUCGAGAAAUGCAAGAUUCCAUUUUAGAAACGAUCUCCCUCAUCCAGGACCAUAAAGAUCCUCUUGAAUUAAUGGAAGCAGAGCUGAUUGAAGAAGAACUUAAUGUCGAGGAUGAGGCUAUGCGUAGCCUUGCUUCCUGA